GAAUCUGCGAUGCACAGACGCCAGACCCCGACAUAAAAGAAAGAGAGAUCCUCGAAACGCUCAAAACCUUUACACCGCUCCCAUCAAAAGCACGCACGAGAAAAACAAGGGACCGUCAAUCACGUUGACCCACUAGGGGACAAAAAAAUUACAACCAUGAUGGAUCCGGGGACCUCCACCUCCGCCGACGGACUCUCCUCCAACCCCGCCUCCUCCGCCCCGUCGCGGUGGACGAGCACCGUCCUGCAGCGGUACCAGCACCUGCUGGACAAGUCGGUGCCGCACGUGUCGCGGCGAUGGAUCGCGACGCUGGCGGUGGCGUGCGUGUACCUCGUCCGGGUCUACUUCGUGGAGGGCUUCUACAUCGUGACGUACGCGCUGGGCAUCUACAUGCUGAACCUGCUCAUCGGCUUCCUCUCCCCUCAGGUCGACCCGGAGCUCCAGGAACUCGCUGACGGCGGCGGCCCAUCCCUCCCCACCCGCGGCUCCGACGAGUUCAGGCCCUUCGUCCGCCGCCUCCCCGAGUUCAAGUGUUGGUUGCAAAUCACAUGGGCAUUUGUGAUUGCUUUCAUGAUGACAUUCUUCAGCGUGUUUGACGUACCUGUCUUCUGGCCAGUACUCCUUUUCUACUGGGUCAUGUUGUUUACGCUUACAAUGAGGAGGCAGAUAAUGCUCAUGGUCAAAUACAAAUAUGUUCCAUUUUCUUUCGGCAAACGGCGCUACGAUAAAAAGAGAGCAUCCUCAACUGAUAGUGCGAGCCUUCAGAGUGAUUAAAUAUUUCGAGUAUGAUCUAUCUAUAGGUCUCGAGUAGGCUUCUCUUAUCCCCGGUGUCAUGCCAGAUGGUGGAGCCUUCUAACAGCAAAAGACUGGCUAAAAGACUAUUUUGGCUUGUUGCCUGAUACUCGCACCUUUCUGACAGAGAUCUUAUAGAUAAGCCUCCAUAAACUGUCAUGGAAACUUCUCAAGAGGAGUGAAGUAUUGUACUAUUUCCAUCUUAGCUUUAGUAAGGGGUAGUCCCAAUUUGUUCUUCAGACAUGGCAUUUUUUGUACUGCUGUCAUUUUAAUAUAGCUGAAGUUCUUAGUUCCCUUGUUAUUACCUAAUUUGUGUUUUUCUCUUCGUCUUUUAUUGACUGUCCCUUGCCCAUUUUGGUUGCAUGACCGAUUUACCGAGAGGACGUGCUGUUGUAACAUGGAUUAGCUUUGAUAUCCCCAUGAUAUCUGUAGUCAAACACUAUUUAUCGGA